AUGUCUGAUACUCAGAAGCCUGUUGAGGAGACCCCCGUCGCCGCUCCGGUCACCGACGCUCCUGCGGCCACCGAGACCCCCGCCACUGAGGCUCCCAAGGAGACUCCUGCGGCCGCUGAGUCCUCCGAGGCGGCUCCUGCCACCGAGGAAACCAAGAAGGAGGAGGAACAGCCCAAGGAGGAGGCCAAGGAAGAGCCUAAGGAGGUCACCCCCGCCUCCGAGGGUGUCCUGGGCUACAAGGCUCCCGGUCUGGUCAAGGGCCUUCGCUUCGCCAAGCGCUUCUUCUACUUCAGCGACGACGCCGUCGAGGCCAAGCAGCUCGCCACCUACCAGCAGAAUGAGAAGCCCGCUGUCGCCCACCCCACCGUCGCCUGGGCUACCCAGACCGGUAAGGGUCUGCUCUUCAUCGUCAAGCGUGCGGAGGACAAGGCCACGCCUGCCGGUAUCCUGAACCUUAUCUCCGAUCUUACCAAGGAGAGCUCCACUGAGUUCCUUUUCAAGAUCAACGGCCAGAAGCACACCUUCCAGGCCGCCAACGCCGCCGAGCGUGACAGCUGGAUUGCCGCCAUCGAGGCCAAGUCCGCCGCCGCCAAGGCCGAGAAGGAGACCAUCACCUCCAGCGAGGGAUACAAGGCUGAGCUGGAGAAGCUGACCAAGCCUGCUGUCCCUGAGCCCGCCAAGAAGGCCGCUGAGCCCAAGGAGGAGCCCAAGAAGGAGGAGGCUGCGGAAGAAGCCAAGAAGGACGAGGCCGCCCCUGCUGAGGAGCCCAAGGACGAGGCCAAGGAGAAGGCCAAGAGCCGCUCCCGCUCCCGCAAGCGCACUAGCAUCUUUGGUAUUCUGGGCCGUUCGGGCGAGAAGGAUGCUGAGGCCGCCGAAAAGAAGGAGGAGAAGGCUGAGGAGGCUAAGCCCGCCGAGGCCUCCGCUGAAGCCCCCGCCGAGUCUUCUGCUGCUGCUGAGACCACCGAGGCCGCCCCCGCCGCUGAGGAGCCCAAGAAGGAGGAGCAGCCCAAGGAGGAGGCCAAGGAAGAGAAGAAGGAGGAGAAGAAGGACGACAAGAAGUCCAAGCGUACCUCCAUCUUCGGUAACCUCUUCCAGAAGGUCGCCAGCCCUUCUCACGAGAAGUCGGAGAAGGAAGCCGCCGCCCCCGCUGAGACCCCUGCUGUUUCCAGCACUGCUCCCCAGCUUGACAACCCCGUCGAGGGUGAGGCCUCUCAGCCCAAGGAGGACAAGGUGGAGGCUGCUCCUGAGGCUACUGCGGAGGGUGAGGCUGCUAAGGACGCCACCCCUGCCCAGUCCCCCGCUGCCGAGACCCCUGCUGGCAACAAGGAGAAGCGUCGCACUUCUUUCUUCGGUAACUUUGGCAAGAAGAAGGCUGACUCGGACAACGAGGGCACCGACGGCGAGGCCAAGUCCAAGGGCAACAAGCUCGGUGGUCUGUUCCGCAAGCCCAGCAAGGCUGUGAAGUCUGAGACCAAGGAGACCUCCGCCGAGACUACCGAGGCCAAGGAGGAGGCUGCCCCCAAGGAGGCCCCCGUUGAGGAGUCCCCUGCCGAGGAGAGCGCGAAGCCCGCCGAGGCUACCACCAACGGCGAGGAGUCCAAGCCCGCCAACGUCGCCGCCACUUCCACUCCUGUCCAGGCUGCUGCGUGA